UGGAUCAGCAGCGGUCGGGUGUUUUGUGGACCACAAGCAUGGCGAUCAAAUUGGCCAUGUGAGAUUUGCUGAGUACAAUAAUAUACCAAAAAACUCUAGGAGAGAUGACACCGACUAAGAAGACCCCAAGCGUGAAGGUGGAGGUGUCUUGCUAUUGUAUAUUAUGUCGCAAGGUCUACCUGAAAAAUGAUGCGCACAAGCACAUGCAGAGCAUGCUACACCACCGAGAGCUUGAGAAUGUGAAGGGCAGGGAUUGUAGGCACUGGUGCAAAGUGUGCAAAGUGUCCUCUCAGGGUUUGACUGAGUACGCCGAGCACAUCUCCACCCAGUCGCACGGAGACAAGAUCAAGAACCCGCCACGGAAGACUAAGCCUAUGUAUGUGGAACACGACCUCGACGCAGAGCUGCUCUCCAAAGUCAGGGAAAGGAACAAAGAACUGCAUAAGAUGGAGAAAAAGAAAAAGAGGAAGAAAAAGAAACUGAAUCUAAAAAUGGAAGCGCAGCAAGACCCGGAAAAGAAGAAAGCUCCCAUGCGGAAAUGUCCCAAGCAGUCAAAGGGAAAAGCACUGAAAUGGAUACCGCAAGUAGCUAAACUAAAAUUAGCUAAAUCGAAAACACAACUUUCCAAAGAGAAGAAACCCCAGCAGAAGACAUCACAGCCACUCAGUGGUAAGAUGGUACAAAACAAGGAGAACCGGCUCGCCUGUAAACUCAAGUCUCUGCCCCCCAGUCAGCCAGCCACACCACAGGGGCAGAGUGGAGCUCAGCCUCCCUGGCCAGAGUUUAGGGGACCCCCAGGUGGAACAUGCCACCCCUAUAGUGAACAACACACCCAGUCCACAUUGUCCCAGCCCCAUCAAGUUGGCAGUGAUGACAAUCCUCCAAUUUCUGGCAGUCCUGACAUCCAGAGCCUGGGCACUAGUGUCAGAGGAAGGGGCUUCAAAGCUAGCAGGCCCAACACAUUUCAUAAGAACCUUAGAGGAGCCGGAGUAAAUCCUGUGACGCUACCACCAGGCCAGCUGAGGUGGCCUAAAACCAGCCAGUUGGGUUACGAAUUCUAUGGGCAGGCACCCAGAAAGACCCAGGAUAUGGACUUCACUAGUGAUAACCUACCUCCAAAAGGAGCAAUCAUCUUCAGCCCAGGGGAGAGACUCUCUGGUAGUACCACUGCCCCAGUCUCUACCUCCAGCUCAGGUCCCUCUGGUCAGGGUGACGGCGACAAGGGCCGGAUACGGAGCGUGGACGUCACUGUGAUGCUACGUCAGGUCCGGAGAGCCCUGGGGGUGAGGGAGCCCCCAAGAGCCUCUUCCGUCACCCCGACUCUCACCACAACUCGAGGCCAUUGCAGGGGGGCAGAGGUUGAGGCCGAGGAGGGCCUACCCAGAAGGACACAGAGGACCAAGCGUGGAGAGGCAGCCACACUUCCCAACUCCAGCUCCCCAGUCAGCCAGUUAAAAAGCCUCCCCUCCACCGCCUCCCUGCAGUCCUCACAGGUUAGCACUACCAGAUCUGUGGCUUCAAGUGAAACUUUGCCUCUCCCUGGCAACCAAGCUAAACGAAGAUCAACCCGAUACCCCAAGGUAGAGGAAACCAGUAACUCACAACCGACCAAGGAAGGUGAGGGAUUGGCUUCAGACACAUACGGUCCGGUUAGCAGCCAAAUCAAUCCUCAGGAAGGUUCAACUGUGCCCCGAUUGAGCAACCUUCCACGACCUACCUCUCUGAAGAGGGACUUGACCCGACAUAUCAGCAAACCCGGAGCCCACGAGCCUAACCUGAAUGCAGCUCGCCGGAUACGGAAGGGCGAGGGAGAGAAGGAGACGGGGACAGGGGCAGGGCUCAAACCCACACUGAAGAAGCUGCUCAGUUCCGCGGGGUCACAGAGGAAGGUCAACUGGAGGGAGAUGUACCAGGAGGCCAACCGGAAGAAGCAGGAGAAAGUCAAAGGCAUGCCCAGGUUUGGCAUUGAACUGGUGAACCCCCUCUCUGACCCAGAGGGCCUGGCCCUGGACGAAGACGAGGACCUCCCCCUAACAGAGGGCUUCCAAUGGGAGUCUGGUUUCCCCGACGGAGCCCCGCCCCCUGCAGCCCUACCCACUCCCUCUCUCCCACAGGCAAUGCCUGCUAGUGAUGUCAUCAGAGAGCAACCGUCAGAGGCUCGGACGCUGGGAUCGGAGCAGCCUAGCACUGUGCUGCGGGAUAGCAGGUCAUCCCGAGCCCCUCAGUCUUUAUGUGUGAAGACUGAACCAGAGCAGUACAGGGAGGCAGGAGUGGACAGUGAGCAGAGACAGUUGAAUACAAAGAGGAAAAAGAAGCGGAAAGUGGAUAGUGACUUGUUAGACACCUCUGGUGUGGAUCAGAGUGGGAAAAGGCAAAAGAUUAAGUCAAACAGCGAGAAUGUCCAGGUGGACCAGCUGCUAGCUGUGUCUCUGAUGGAGGAGGAGCUGAGCGGUUCCCUACAGAGCCUAGACACUUCCCUGAUCCAGGCCCGCAACACCCUGCAGGUCGCCUACACAGAGGUGCAGCGCCUCCUACUAGUCAAACAGCAGGUUACCACAGAGAUUAACGGUCUCAGAGCCAAGCGUAUUGAGAUCCUGCAGGGGAUGCAAGGGGCAGUGGCAGCAGCUACGGUGCCUACCCAACACCCCUCACUCCUUCCUCUGUCCAACCUCCGUAUCCCUUCCCCCACGGGGCCCACCUCUGCGGCACCCUUGUCGCCCUAUCCCAAUCUGACCCCGGCUUACCACUCCACCCCCUCCGCCAUACCCAUCCUAAACCCCACCCCCUCCACCCCAGUGAGCCUGCCUGUCAAAAAAGAGCCUGCCACUCUCAACAGCCAGUCUCGCGCCACCCCCUCACGCAGUCCUGUCAUUUCCUAUCCCCUCGUGAACCCUCGCUCCACCACCCCUGUCCUCGUUCCCUCACCUCUACACAUCCCCAUACCCGCCAAACCCCCUUCCACCACAGUGACCCUUCCUGCAACUACACCACCUGCUGUUGCGACACUCGGCCAGCAGAGGGUGGUGGGUAGCUCCACCUCACUGUCUACCAGCACCAAGCAGCUGAGGGGAAGGCAAAAGAAGCAGAGCAAGGAGAAGGCCACCAGGAGGACCAAGUCAAAGCAGGAAGACGUUCAAGACCAGAGUUCAACGGCCAGUUCCACCACCAGUGACUCGGAGGACUGGGAGGACCAAGAGGGGCUCACCCUCACCUCUGUCCACCUCGCACAGGUGCGGAAAGACCCUCUAUUGGGGCAGGAGAAGGACGGGGGUAAAGGGGGUGACGAAGGAGACAGCGACUGCUACGUCGAGACAGUCACUGUAGAGCGCCAGCCGAGAUCCAACAUGGACGUCGUCGCCAUCGAUGACUCGGACGUCGAGGAGGAGCCGGAGGCCAUUGUUCCACACACCCCUGCUCCCGCACAGCUCCCCUCCACCCCACCUAGGUCUGUGUGUGUGGAGGUGAACUCUAGCGGUACACAGACAGUCAGGGUUAAGGAGGACCAUAAGGACAUCAAACUAAAGGACACCAGCUACGGCAAAAUGAAGUUACCCCCUGUAACUGUGAAAAAGAAACAUAGUCCCCCAAAGUGUGCCGACGUGGCUGAGGAGCAGGAGCCGUCUCUGGGGAGCUUCGAGGGCCACACUGGCACCGUCCAUGACCUCCAGAUCCAUGGGGGCUUCCUGUAUACAUGUUCAGGGGAUAACACAGCACGAGCAUAUUGCCUAGUGAGCAAAGCGUGCCAAGCUGUGUUUGAGGGCCACACCAACAAGAUCAACUGCCUGCUGGUGUCAUCUCUGCCCGGCCUGCCAGCACGUCUCUACACCGGCUCCAGUGACCUCACCAUCCGCUGCUUCAGCAUCAAGUCAAAGAAGUGCCUUGAGCAGAUCUCUCUGUCCGACCGGGUGCUGUGUCUGCACAUUCACUGGAACAUCCUGUACGUAGGCCUGGCAAAUGGAUCUGUGGUCAGCUUUGAGGUCAAGACCCAGAGGCAGCUGGAUGUGUUUGAGUGCCACGGCCCACGGGGGGUGAGCUGCCUGGGCACGUCCCAGGAGGGAGCUCGGCGGGUGCUGCUAGUGGGCUCUUACGACAGCACCAUCAGCGUACGUGACGCCAAGAGCGGUCUGCUGCUGCGCUCACUGCAGGGCCACACUAAGACCGUCCUCUGUAUGAAGGUGGUGAAUGACCUGGUCUUCAGCGGCUCCAGUGAUACGUCUGUCCACGCCCACAACAUCCACACUGGUGAGCUGGUCCGUAUCUAUAAGGGUCACAGCCACGCAGUCACAGCGUUAGCCAUCUUGGGGAAGGUCAUGGUGACAGCCUGCCUGGACAAGUUGGUGCGUGUCUACGAGUUACAGUCCCACGACCGGCUGCAGGUGUACGGGGGCCACCAUGACAUGGUGAUGUGUAUGGCCAUCCAUAAGAGCGUGAUCUACACAGGCUGCUACGACGGCACCGUCCAGGCCGUGAAACUCAACUUGAUGCAAAACUACCGCUGCUGGUGGCACGGUUGCUCGCUGAUCUUUGGCAUGGGGGAGCACCUCCUGCAGCACCUGCUCACCGACCACAGCAACCGGCACCUGCAGACCUUCAGGUGUCGCUGGAGGAACUGCGACGCCGCCUUCGCCACGCAAGACUCUUCCCACCUGGACCUGCCUAGCCACAUGCAGACACACGUAGAGAUGGACAGCAAGCUGAAAACAUGACAGUAGAGAAGACAUGCUUUUUCUCCAGUUCUUACUUCUGCAGAUGUGUGGUGCUGAGUUGACACGGAUCUCACCAUUAGAAUCAAUGGCUCCAUACAUGGAGCUAGGCUGGAAUUCUGGCAUUCAUUCUUCUUGGAUAGUAGGAGUUGGGAUCCCAUUCAGUAGGCAAAUGUUGAGGAGGGAAGGAGAUAGAACUGAACUGUUUUCUUGUUCAGAGUAAUUUCUCACUUUGUUCAUCCUUUAACCCCCUGCUCUUCCCUGGUAAGAGGACACCAGUACGACUAAAGGUUGUGACAUGUUUUUAAUGGACCUUGGUUUACAACAGGGAUCAUCAACUAGAUUUUUUUUAUUUUAUCUUUAUUUAACUAGGCAAGUAAGUUAAGAACAAAUUCUUAUUUUCAAUGACUGCCUAGGUACAGUGGGUUAACUGCCUGUUCAGGGGCAGAACGACAGAUUUGUACCUUGUCAGCUCGGGGAUUUGAACUUGCAACCUUUCGGUUACUAGUCCAACGCUCUAACCACUAAACUACCCUGCCGCCCCUUAAGCCACGGCAUGAUUUUUCAUCAGCGGAUUAACAUAAUUACAAAUCAUUUGUUGACUGCAAAUUGACAGCAAGAAGCUCAAACGAAUAUAUUUGAGUAAAACAUAAUAAUUUCAAACCUGGCAUAUGUUUGUAUAUGAUCACAUAUAUCUCUGUAUUAUGCCUGGGAAUAUUGUGGGACAGAUUUCCAAAAUUAAAACUUGAAGCUGAUUGGCUGGUGUUUUAACAGUCUUAUGGUCAACCAUUUAAAAUAGUAAUUUUCAGAACUUGGGGCUAAAUAAAAUCACAGUGGGCUGCUAGUUGGGGAACCCUGGAUUACACCGUUCUACAAGGCUGUGGCUCAACGUCAGCAAUUGUAUUGGAACACUUGCUAAAUAGCCCAUACUGGACACACACACACACUAACACACAGCGUAUAGAUUAUCACUGCAUAACCAAACUAACUGAUCUGUUGACAUGGGCUGGUCAUACAUAACUACUAAACACAGUCUUGUGUAGGGACUUCUAUUUCAUACAUACAUUCACACAUCUAUGGCGUAUGUACAGGUUACUGCCAAAGUAAAGGAAACACUUGAGUCAAUGAGGGAUUCAAAGUAUAGUGAAAGCAGGUGCUUCCACACAGGUGUAGUUCCUGAGUAAAUUAAGCAAUUAACAUCCCAUGGUGGUUAUUUGGGCUACCUAGGCUAGAAGAGUUCUGGGACUGAAAUAGAGGUCUCAAAGGACCAUAGGGGGUUUGAAGUGUCUCAGUCCCCAGAUCUCAGCACAAUUGAACACUUAUGGGAGAUUCUGGAGUGGCGAGUGAGACAGCGUUUUCCACCACCGUCAACGAAACACCAAAUGGUGGAAUUUCUUGUGGAAGAAUGGAGCAUUCCUCCAAUUGAGUUCCAGACACUUCUAGAAUCUAUGCCAAGGUGCAUUGAAGAUGUUCUGGCUCGUGGUGGCCCAACGCCCUAUAAAGAUAUGUUGGUGUUUCCUUUAUGUUUGUAGUUGCCUGUAUGUAUUGAUAUGCUGAGCGUGCACACACAUGUACAGCAACAAUAGGAACGUGUUUUAUUAAUUCAGAAAAAUGUAUAUGAUUUUUUUCUGUUGUGAAGGAUAAUUUUUCCCAUUUCAGUGGUCUAAGACAGAGACCAAUGCUUACUGUAAAAGCACGGACAUAAGGAUUAUUGACACAGGUUAUUGACACAGACAUGAUUUGUCAUGUUAUUUUCCAGACUGUAUGGAAGGGGCUCACUAUUAAAGCUGCAGUAUGUCACUUUUUAGGUCACCUGACCAAAUUCACAUAGAAAUGUGAGCUAGAUCUGUCAUUCUCAUUGAAAGCAAGUUUUUAGAAACAGAUCUGUUCUAUGUGCGCAAUUUCUUUGCUUCCCAUUAAAUUCAGUUUUUGCGUCUUUUAUUUUAGGUUUUGUACACCAGCUUCAAACAUCUGAAUGUACAAUAUUUUUGUUUAUUGAAAAGAUAUUUCAGUGUUUUAAAUCGUGCAUUGAUCCUCUACACCAUACAUGGCUUGUUUUGUCAAACUUUAAUUAGGCCAACUAUUAAAACAUUUUACAACCAGGAAA